UCAUCUAAUUGUAUGAAAGUCCAUUAAGAAUAUUAAAUGUAAAGAGAAUUAAUAUUGAAAUACGAGCACAGUUUAAUACUGACGACUUGUGUAACUGUAAAAUUUAACCUUAGUUCUAUGAAAUAAAAAUGGCAGUUAAUAAUAAAUUUAGAAAAUACUUUAAGAAAUUCUUUAAUAGUCAGAAUAUGGUAGAAGCCACAGCUGUAACGUUUUGGCUUUUAAAAUUAAUGGGCUACCAAGUAUUAGGACUAAUAAGCCCAACGAAAACAACAGUGGAAUCGCGUUUUUCAUACUUCGGCUUCUGCAUGUACAUUUUUUGGUAUUCUCUGUACUUAUAUUGCUUUUAUGUUGCUUACUACGAAGACCAAACCAUUCUUCGUUUAAUAUUCAAUACUAGGCUAAAGCAAUAUGGCGAAUUGUAUGAAAAGGCUGUUGCAAUAGUAUAUGUUGUGUAUUUGAUGUGGAAAUUACCCUUCAGCUUGCAUAAUGACCCACAGUAUGCGCGGCAGAUUCUUGAAAUGGAUGCAAUAUUAGAGAAAUUAGGAGCCGGUGUGGAUUAUAAUAAGCAUGUAUUGGUAUCAAUCACCGUCGGUGUGAGUCAAUAUACUAUAUACUAUUUUCGAUUAUUAACAAUAUGGUUACUUUUGUAUAAUCUAGAUAUAUCAGUACCAUAUGAGAAACUGUACCAAGGAGUAUUUCCUGAUACGUUGUCUUUUGUGAUAACAUCUUGCUACUGUUAUUAUUUAUUGGCUCUGAGAGAGAGGCAUACUGCUGUCAAUAAGGUUCUUAAAGAUAUCAAGGAAAGAAAAUACAUAGUACAUGUAAUGGAGAAAUCAGACGAUUCUCAUGAAGAGUUAGAAGAGCUAUGUGAGAGAAUUAGACUUUGCGCCAAAGUAAAUAGCGUGAUGUAUGCAGGAUCUGAAACAAUCAACAAACAUUACGGUUUUACGUUGUUCAUAACGAUGCUAUCAAAUAUAAGUUAUAUAGUUCUUUACAUGUUUUAUUUUAUGGAAGCAACUGCUGCUGGCUUAUUUCUUGAUAUGAAAAAAUACAUCGCCUUUUUGGUGUAUGUGUUUUGGCAGAUUUCCUAUGCAGUGGUUAUUUUUAUCUUGAAUGUGUAUUUCGCUGAAAGCACAGUCCGCGAGGCUAAACGAACAUCGUUUAUUGUACACGAAAUAGUGAACUGUGAUUUUGGGCCAGCGGUUACAAAAGAGGCAAUCCAGAUGUCACAGCAGUUGUUUCAUCUAGUCCCUAAAUUCACUGCUUCUGGUCUUUACACGUUGGAUUAUACACUUUUACAAGAGGUUACCCGGUCUGUUUUAACAUUUUUGGUGAUUUUAUUACAGUUUGUCACUGAUUCAAAAAGUAAUAUCUAAGUGUUGUCAUUUAAUAUACUUUGUUAA